AUGGAUUGGCCGGCUCCCCCAUUCUGCACCACCACUGCUGUUCUGAUCAUUCUCAUCCUCUUGCCGUUGAGUGUGUCGGACGACCGGCUUGUCCCCGGUAAGCCGCUCUCCCCUGACUCAACCAUCGUCUCCGAUGGCGGUGCUUUCGCCUUGGGCUUCUUCUCGCCUUCCAACUCCAGCACUCCAUCCCAGCUGUACCUCGGCAUAUGGUACAACGAUGUUCCCGAGCUCACCACUGUGUGGGUGGCCAACCGAGAAACUCCGGCUACCAACACGACCACUCUGAUGCUCUCCCUCACCAACACCUCCAAUCUUGUUCUAUCCAACGGUGAUGGCGGUGGCCGUGCCAUUUGGAUGACGACCAACGUGGCUAUUGCCAUGGGUUCGUCUCCCCCUGUGGCAGUGCUUCUAAACAACGGCAACCUCGUCAUCCGGUCGUCGAACGGCACCACGUUGUGGCAGAGCUUUGACCAUCCCACCGACACGUUCCUCCCUGGUAUGAAGCUCCGGAUCCGGUACAACAAGCCUGGCACUAGUGACCGCCUGGUUUCUUGGAAGGGCCCUGGCAACCCUUCGUCGGGGCGCUUCUCCUACGGCGGCGAUCCAAUCACGUUCCUCCAAGUAAUUCUUUGGGACGGGGAGCGCCCGGUUUCCCGCAGCGGGCCAUGGACAGGGUACUUGGUGAAGAGCGAGCGCCGGUACCAGCAGGAGAACACCAGCAUGGACAUCAUCAUCUACCUGGCCGUUGUGGACAGCGAUGAGGAGAUCUACAUCACCUACAGCCUCUCCGACGGCGCCCCACACACCAGGUACGUGUUGACCUACUCCGGAGAGUACCUAGUCCAGAGUUGGAGUAGCAAAACAUCAACGUGGUUAGUCCUUGGGAAGUGGCCAUUCCCCGAAUGCAACCGCUAUGGUUAUUGUGGCACAUACGGCUACUGCGAUGAGACGGCGGCGCCAAUGCCGACGUGCAAGUGCUUUGAUGGCUUCGAGCCGGCAAACACGGUGGACUGGACCAAUGGUAGGUUUUCAGCAGGGUGUCGGCGGAAAGAGCCACUGCGAGGGUGCAACGACGGCUUCUUGGCCCUGCCGAGGAUGAAGUCUCCCGACAGAUUUUCAAUUGUGGGCGGGGGCACGAGUACGUUCGAGGAGUGUGCGGCUGAGUGCAACCGCAACUGCUCGUGCGUGGCAUACGCGUAUGCUAACCUCGGCAGCGGCAGGUCCAGGGGAGACGUGACCAGGUGCUUGGUGUGGUCUGGGGACUUGGUUGACACUGGGAAAAUAGGCGAAGAGCUUGGUAGCGACACACUCUAUCUCCGACUUGCAGGCUUGGAUGCAACAUCUGGUAAAGGAACAAAGAGGAAUGUUCUGAAGAUUGUGCUGCCAGUUCUAGGAAGCAGUUUUCUGGUAUUUGUAUGCAUUUCAUUGGCAUGGUUAAAACUCAAAGCAGGCAAGAGAGAAAUAUGGAUAAAACACAAGAAUGUACCAUUGGAUGGUAUGAGUACCUCUUACGAACUUAGUGAAGGAAACCUUUCCCAUGACCAUGAAUUCCCAUUUGUAAGAUUUGAGGAAAUUGCCUUCGCAACGCAUAGUUUCUCUGAAACAUGUAUGAUUGGACAAGGAGGCUUUGGCAAAGUUUACAAGGGGUUGUUAGGUGGGCAAGAAGUUGCUGUCAAGAGGCUAAGUAGGGAUUCUCAACAAGGAACAAAGGAGUUUAAGAAUGAAGUAAUUCUAAUUGCCAAACUACAACACAGAAACUUGGUUCAACUUCUUGGGUGUUGUGCAGAAGGGGAUGAAAAGUUGUUGAUUUAUGAGUAUCUCCCGAACAAGAGCUUAGAUGCUACACUUUUUGAUGGUUCGAGAAAAAUGUUACUAGAUUGGGUGACACGAUUCAAUAUAAUCAAAGGGGUCGCAAGGGGGCUUCUUUACCUACACCAAGAUUCAAGACUGACCAUAAUUCAUAGGGAUCUUAAAGCUGGAAAUGUUUUGCUAGAUGCAGAGAUGAAACCCAAGAUAGCGGAUUUUGGUAUGGCAAGGAUCUUUGGAGAUAACCAACAGAAUGCGAAUACCCAACGUGUUGUCGGAACGUAUGGAUACAUGGCUCCUGAGUAUGCAAUGGAGGGUGUCUUCUCUACGAAGUCCGAUGUCUAUAGCUUUGGCGUGUUAGUAUUGGAGGUCGUAACCGGUAUAAGGAGAAAUUCCAGUAAUCAAACCAUGGGGUUCCCUAGCCUCAUAGUCUAUUCAUGGAAUAUGUGGAAGGAAGGGAAGACUGAGGAACUGCCAGACUCAUCUAUCAUGGAUACUUGUUCACUAGAUGAAGUUUUGCUUUGUAUCCACGUAGCACUGUUAUGUGUCCAAGAGAACCCAGAUGACAGGCCACUCAUGUCAUUAGUCGUGUUUAUCCUAGAGAAUGGAAGCACCACACUUCCAGCCCCCAGUCGCCCUGCCUACUUUGCGCGGCGAAGCGUUGAAAUGCUGCAAAUUGCAGAUGAUAUUCAGAACUCUGUGAAUAGUUUUACUCUGACUGAGAUACAGGGGCGAUGA